UGGGGCCCGGCGGGGCCUGGCGGCGGGGGCUCGGUGGGGCCUCGCCCCGGGGCAUGCGGAGGAGGAGGAGGGGGUGGGGGUGUUGGCGGCGGCCGGCCCGGCCCGCACUAUGUGGUACAUCAUGCAGAGCAUCCAGAGCAAGUACUCGCUGUCGGAGCGGCUCAUCCGCACCAUCGCCGCCAUCCGCUCCUUCCCCCGGGAUAACGUGGAGGAUCUCAUCGGCAGGGGCGCGGAUGUGAACUGCAUGCACGGCACCCUCAAACCCCUGCACUGUGCCUGCAUGGUGGCCGACGCCGACUGCGUGGAGCUGCUGCUGCAGAAAGGAGCGGAGGUGAAUGCCUUGGACGGCUACAACCGAACAGCCCUUCACUACGCGGCGGAGAAGGACGAGACCUGCGUGGAGAUCCUCCUGGAGUACGGAGCCAACCCCAACGCCCUGGACGGCAACAAGGACACCCCCCUCCACUGGGCAGCCUUCAAGAACAACGCCGAGUGCGUGCGGGCCCUGCUGGAGAACGGCGCCUGGGUCAACGCCCGUGACUACAACAACGACACCCCCCUCAGCUGGGCGGCCAUGAAGGGCAACCUGGAGAGCGUCAGCAUCCUCCUCGACUUUGGGGCCGAGGUGAGGGUGGUUAAUUUGAAAGGCCAGACCCCCAUCUCCCGCCUGGUGGCUUUGCUGGUGCGGGGUUUGGGGACGGAGCGGGAGGAUUCCUGUUUCGAUCUCCUCCAUCGAGCCAUUGGACAUUUCGAGCUACGGAAAAACGGCACCAUGCCCUGGGAGGUGACCAGGGAUCAACAGCUCUGCCAGAAGCUCACCCGCCUCUGCUCGGCCCCGGGGACUUUACAGACCCUCUCCCGUUACGCCGUACGCCGCAGCCUGGGUGUGCGCUUCCUGCCGGAGGCCGUCAAGCAGCUGCCCUUGCCCACUUGCCUGAAGGAAUACGUUUUGCUCCUCAGCUAAAGAAGGGGAAAAAAAACCCAAAACAACCCCGCCCCAGGUGCCAGGGGUGGUUUUUUUGGUUCCUUUCCUCACCACUUCCUCCUGGAUGAGGUUCACCAUUCGGUUUGAGACUCGCCGGUGCCACCUUUCCCUCUUCCUGGUUUUCUUCCUGCUCUGCUUUUCUGCUGGGGGGUGGCAGGGAUCCACCAGCAACGGGGAUCCACCAGCAACCGGGAUCUACUGGCAGCCAGGAUCCACCAGCAAUGGGGAUCCACCAGCACCAGGGAUCCACCAGCACCACUCAUCUCCCCGCUUCCCCCCUCCAUUCCAGCCUCAUGAGAGGAACCAUCCCCCUUUAAUUGCAAAUUAUAUCCCAGCUGUUGGAUUAA